AUGAAUAUUUGGGGAUUAGAUUUGAUGGGAAAUCAAGUGUUUUUUCUAGAUUACAAUAGAUCAGUAAUUUGUAAAGCAAAUAAGGAAACAGGAAAGGAUGAAGGUGAAGAUGUUAUUCAUUUAUUUAAUGGAUAUGGAAUUGAAUUUUUAUCUGAAAGUGAAAUAUUGACAUCCAAUCAACAAUCUUUAGAAAUUUUCAAAAAACAAGAAAAUAAUUGGAUUUCUAAAAGAAGAGUGGUUAUUCCCAAGUGUUCUACUGCCUAUUCAAUAUUUUAUGAGAAGGAAUCUGGAUUAGUUUACUUAUCUGAUACUGAAAAUCAUCGAAUUUUUGUCAUUAGAUUGUUUGAUUUCUCAAUUGUUAAAACAUUUGAAGAUUCUAAUGCCAUUUCAAGAAAUUUCGGAUUGUUUGUUGAUAAGCGAACUGGUUUACUCUAUGUUGUUAAUAACAAAUCCAAAGAAAUUUCUAUUUUUCAAUAA